GAAGUCCUCAUGAUAGAAGGCAACAUGGCUGCGCGCAUGAAGUAACACGUCCAUUAAGGUUUUAUACGAUAACAUCUGAACAAGUGGUCUCUGACAGGUAGCCGGCGGACGGACAAAGGGAGGACGGCCAGAACGAGCUCGUGGGCUAAACCGAGACCAUGUCUAAGAUUUCGAAGGCGGCCAAGGCCGUGAAAAAGCUGGACACGAACAACCUGAUCCGGGCCAUCGUCCGGUCCGGCCAGGCAGCCCCAGGCCCCCCGCUAGGCCCAAUCCUGGGACAGAAAGGCAUCCCCAUCGGCCAGUUCUGCAAGGACUUCAACGAGAGGACCAAGGACCUCAAAGAAGGCAUCCCCCUCCCCAUCAAGAUCAACGUGAAGCCUGACCGAACGUACGACUUAAAGAUUGGUCAGCCCACGGUGUCAUACUUCCUCAAGCAGGCCGCCGGCAUCGAGAAAGGAGCUGCCAAAACGGGGCACGAGAAGGCCGGUAUGGUGUCCGUCCGAGCGGUGUACGAGAUUGCGCAGGUGAAAGCCCAGGACGACUGCUUUAAGAUGCAGGACGCUUCGCUCGAGUACGUUGUGAAGAGCAUCAUCGGCUCUGCGCGCUCCCUGGGAAUCCAAGUCGUCAACGAUCUAUCAGCGGAGGAGUACGAGGAGUUCCUGAAAAAGCGUGAGGAGACGCUGAAGGCUGAGGCCGCUGCCGCCGCCGCCGCUGCUGCCGCCCUGGGCAAGAAGAAAUGAAGACCGGCCGGCGACCGACCGCAGACCCUCCACCACCCCACACACACCCCCGGCUCUCGGCUCCAGUGUACAUACAUACCCACUCCACUGCACAAGCUCUCUUUCAUAAUAAACAAAAUAAAUGGGACACUCUUGCCCAGGA